AUGCCAUCCCAACCAAAACAGCGUGGCGGCAGCUCUACCAACUCCCGCUCCAAGUCGGGUUGCUUGACAUGUCGCGGCCGCAAAGUCAAGUGUGACGAGGUCAAGCCAAGCUGCAAAAUGUGCACGCGUCUACACCUCCAGUGUGACUACGGCCCCGAGGGCAAGACCAUAUGCCUACAUGACCGGCGCCGAGGGGCCGGGCCGAUCAAGAGGCGGCGGUUUACCAACUGGCGGCCCCAGAAGAUUGUGCCCAAAACCCCGGUCGCAAUGGCAGCCUCCUUAGCACCGGCUAUGUCAUCACCCGGACCAUUAGUGGCAUCCACCAUCUCCUCGCUGUCGUCACCGACCGUGAGUGGCACGUCACCCUGCUUAAGUGCAAUGGAAGCUGCCGGCAGUAGUAGCAACAGUGACCACACGAGUUCGAUUAGGCCCGCGUCCGAGUACACUGAGUACCCACCAUAUGAUUCGCCUGUGCCGCAAAUCACACGAAACGAUAUUCCCUCAUGUGUGCCAAUGAAUACCUACCGCACUGUCCGCCAAGCAACUCCCACGCUUGCAGAUACCAGCCUAGAUUUCUCGUCCUUCGAUGUCCUUGGAUCGCCGUCCAUGCGUAUACCAUCGCCCUCAUCCUAUCUCCCAAGUAUGGAGGAUGAAGACUACAUGUUCUUCGGCGACUUGUCGACACCUCUUUCUCCACUGCAGCCACCUUCUACAACGGCGAUUGGGACAUCGACGUGUGCCAUUCCCACGCCCGUCGUACUGGAAGAUAGCCCGGCCGACUGCAGCACAGUUGUCCAUAGCACCCCUUUUGGCAACCCCUUUGGCCCAGUCUUCCAACUUGUACCCGCUGUGGCCCCGUCGCCCAUAAACAGCCUCGUCUUGGGCACCACCACGGUUGUCCUCGCCAGCUUUCCCAGCCGCAUGCACCUGACUCAACUCCAUUUUGAAGCUCUCCUUCUCUUCCAUCAGCAGGUCGGCUUCAGCAUUGGCUCCAAGUCGCCCGUCUGGUCCACCCACGCCAUCCUCAUCAAAUUAGCCAUCCACCACGAGCCCAUUUUACACCUGAUGCUGGCCGCCUCGUUCAGCGAGCUGGACUGGCGCUUAAAUACCGAGCGCGGCCACAACAUCAUUGGUGGUGGUGGCAGUGCUCCUGGUGGCCCAGCGAGCCAGACUGUGGCGCCCAGUACGCAAGGUGCUACCGACACGCCUCGCCAGCUCGCCCGAUAUCAUUAUGAUGCUGGCCAAGCAGCCCUUCAGGAACUGGUGGCCGCACCCCGCGGAGCUGCCGAGGCCGGCCUUUGCCACGUGGUCGUGGUGGCAUGCUUCUGGCUCGAGUAUCUCGUCUAUCGACGACGCAGCACUCUGAAGCACGGGCGAUGGGGCUCGCAUAAUGCGUUCAGCGAGGCCAUGGGAGACUACUUGCACAAACACCAGCUCCGGCGCGGCCUCAUGAGCAGCGAGCCUCCAUCGGCUUUACCCACGACUUACUCCCAGAAGCGCUGGGCCUCGCCUCCCCUAAGUGUCGGGGCUGAGGAAGAUGACGACCUAAGCAUAUGCGAAAUUGUGGACGAGACCGGCAAUACCACCGACCGUCCAGUUGCAUAUGAUUCGGUCCAGCCGCUUCCCACAGCCGCACCCGUCAGCACAGCAAAAUCUGCAAAGAGUAUGGUCUCCGCCGAAAGGCCACUGCCACCCGUCAAGUACCGGUCCUUCGUGUCCCGCUUGCUCAGUUGGCUCUAUUGGUAUGACUGUGCGGCCUGCUUCUUUGGAAAGGGCGGUGCUCUCUCAAAGCAAUUUCGCAUGCGGCCGCGCAGCCAGGUUGGCUUUUACGAGACGGCUCGUACGACCCUUCUUGACUUUUGGGACGACUACACCCCCGAGGAGAUUGCCGACGACAACCAAAACUGGCCCGCCCUCCAGCUCAUCAAUGAGACGUGGGUGGCCGUGCACCGUCUGAAUCUUGUCUAUGAGACGGAGGAGACGGAGGAGACGGAGGACAGGGCUACUACCACAGGUCGCAGGCCGAGUCGUCGUUCUUUUUCGUCGCCCUCUCCACCGGAUUCCAUCGCCCAAAUAGCCCGCGAUGUUCACUCUCUGCGCUCGCGCUACGCAACCGUUUUCCGCCUGUCCGCCUUUGCCGCCACCAGUGGCGGCCAUCGCUCGCGCCUCUUAGCCAUGGCUGAUUGGGCUGUGUGCCACCAUCUGGCGCUGGAGCUGCAUCUGCUGCGCGCAGGUGCCACGCACGGAGACCUGUACGGCGAGGAGGAUUGUGCAGACGAGGAGCAGGGUCUGGUAGGCAUCAGCGGUGUGGAUGACAGCAUCCACCGUAACAACAGCUACGGCUACAACUACAGCUAUGAAACCUACAAGCGACUGCAACGGCAAAAACAACAAUCAUCACCUUACUCGCCGCUUGGUGGCGACCCUUCGUCCCACCGGCAGGCCGUCAGCGGCCAGAUCAUCCAUCUGGCCGAACGUGCCAUUCGCACCGUCGGACCCGUCGAGCUCGACCGAUUCCAGUGGCCGCUAUUUUGGGCGGGCGUUGAGACGGACAACUACGUGUACAGGUACUUCGUCCUCUCAAAUCUAGUCAAUGCUGACUUUCGGGCGGCGCUGCAAGCCGUCGUGCGGGAGCAGUCAGGAAUGAGUGUCGGAAUGGCCGGAAAUGAGGGAGAUGGGUCCGAGGUUGGCUACUACACCAUGACAGCAGGUACUGGUAUGAGUAUCCGGCGGCUGCGGACAAUUUGCCGGGAGGCUGCAAUGGCAGCAUAA